CUUGUGUUCGUUUGAGAAGCAUCCGCUUAGAUCUCGGGUCGUCUUCCUCCUUUCUAAUUUCCAAGAUCAUAAACCGUAGGUGCCGCCAUUACAAAACCAGUGAACUCGGAAAACAGGCUAUCUUAAAGAAUAUGGGCCACUGUUCGUCAGAUGGAGAUGGUGGAAAGACACUUUCUAUAAGCCUGGCCAAUCUGCACAUCGAGUUAUAAUAACGCCAGGAGCGUGAUUCAAUUCUCUCUCUAUAAAGUGCGUCUAAGAGGAGCUGCGACAGAUCAUAGAUAAAGAAAACCCACACUGAUAGCCAAUCCCUAGCUGUCUUCUGCUACCAUCCUGUUCAUAGCUUCGGCCUGAGAAGAUGAAGAAGGUGUCAUCUCUCUCGGAGCUCGGCUUCGCUGAUGACAUACACAGGACCCUGUUCCGCCCUAUCCAGCAGGCGGCGCCGCCGUCUCCCACUCAGCGUCGCACCAAGAUAUCCGUGAUCGGUGCCGGGAACGUGGGCAUGGCCAUCGCCCAGACGAUCCUGACGCAGGACCUGACGGACGAGCUGGCGCUGGUGGACGCCAAGCCCGACAAGCUGCAGGGGGAGAUGCUGGACCUGCAGCACGCCGCGGCCUUUCUCCCGCGCACCCGGAUCCUGGCGUCUCCGGACUACGCGGUGACGGCGAACUCGGAUGUCUGCAUCAUCACGGCCGGCGCUCGGCAGAUCCCGGGCGAGACGCGACUAAACCUGCUGCAGCGCAAUCUGGCGCUGUUCAAGGAGAUCGUGCCGCCGCUGGCGAGGUACUCGCCGGGGACGCUGCUGCUGGUGGUGUCGAAUCCGGUGGACGUGUUGACGUAUAUCGCCUGGAAGCUGUCGGGGUUUCCGCCCAACAGGGUGAUCGGGUCGGGGACCAACCUGGACUCCUCGCGUUUCCGGUUCCUGCUCGCCGAUCACCUGGAAGUCAACGCUCAAGAUGUCCAGGCGUACAUGGUGGGGGAGCACGGUGACAGUUCGGUGGCGCUGUGGUCAAGCAUGAGCGUGGGCGGAGUGCCCAUACUGAGCCAACUCACCAACGACAAGGCAGUCAUGGAGCAAGGAGUACUGGAGAAGAUACGGAAGGCGGUGGUGGAGAGCGCGUACGAGGUGAUCCGCCUCAAGGGCUAUACAUCCUGGGCCAUUGGCUACUCGGCGGCCAACCUCGCCCGAUCUCUGCUUCGCGAUCAACACCGCAUCCAUCCCGUCUCUCUGCUCGCCAAGGGAUUCUACGGCAUCCCCGAUGACCGCGAGGUCUUCCUCAGCCUCCCCGCCCAGCUCGGCCGUAGCGGCGUUCUCAGCGUCGCCAAUAUCCAUCUCAGUGACGAGGAGGCUGCCCGCCUUCGACGAUCCGCCAACACUCUGUGGGAGCUUCAACAGAAACUCGACCUGUAACUAUCGAUCGAUGACAUCUUAUCUUCAUCGAUAAUCAAUUCACAUAGAUUGUAUCUCCUUUCACCAUUUGCAAGUCAACCAAUUCCCUGUUAUCUCGGAAGGAUAAGUAAAUUGGCUAAUAUAUCUCAUCGAACCA